AAACAUACUUGACAAGAAUGUCUGAAGAACCAGAUAUUAGAACCAUUCCCUUAGAGGAACGGCUUGUGCACAAGCUGUGGAAGGCCCGGCAGUCUGCUUAUGAAGACUAUACCAAGCAGUUUGAUAACUCUCGGAAUGAGGACGACGAAUGCUUUUUGAUGUUUAAUAACCAACCCGAGCUUCUCAAAACCAUUGUCACUGAUCUGAACGUGGUGGCACAAGAAACGGGGAUAUUGAUGUUCUCCAAGUACUUGGAUCUUGGGGCCACUCCAAAAACACUCAAUCGCUUGAAGAACGUCGGCAUUGUCCCGGCGUUGUGUGAAAAAGGGUUAUCUUCUUCUAGAGCAGGCACUAAAGCCAAAUCAACUACCUGCUUGUUGAAGUGUGUUGAGAUCCUGGACUCUCCCAAUGGUGUGGUAGAGGCCAUAUUGCCAUUCACAAAGCACCGGCUUCCGAAGUUGGUGGCUGGGUGCGUGAAUGCGUUGUAUCAAAUCAUUGAUGCCUUUGGUUGUACAAUUAUUUCACCAGGACCAAUCAUUGAGACUUUGCCCAAGCUUUUCGCCCAUAACGAUAGAAAUGUCAGAGAGGAAACCAAGGUCUUGACAGUGGAAUUAUACAAGUGGAUGAAAGACAAUUUACGAAAGAUUUUGUUUGAUGACUUGAAGCCCGUUCAGCAGAAGGAAUUAACUACCGCGUUCGAACUGGUUGCUAACGACAUACCGCAACAGAAGACUCUUACGAGAGCCCAGGUGGAGCAGGGACGAGUGGCAGAAGAAAUGAGUGUGGAAGAUGACACCUUUGGAGAAAGCGUUGCUGCGACCCAAGUGGCUACUCAGGUGGAUCCGUUUGAUUUAGUCCAGCCAAUGGUAGUGUUAAGCAAACUACCAGAGGAUUUCCAAGCCCGUAUCAACGAUCCUAUUUGGAAGGAGAGAAAAGCAGUGUUGGAAGAUGUCCAUGGUGUGUUAUCGAAGGUGGUGAAGUUGACUCCCAAAGAUGACUAUACGGAGAUAAUGAGGAUAUUCUCCAAAUGUAUGAGAGAUGCCAACAUCCAAGUGGUGCAAUUGGCAGCCAAUUGUGUUGAAAUAGUUGCAAACGGUUUAAGGAAAAACUUCCACAGGUAUUACCCUAUUGUUCUUGUGCCUAUGCUUGAAAGAACCAAAGAGAAGAAGCCUUCAGUGGCCGAUGCCUUAACAAACGCCCUUGUAGCUGUAUUCCACUCGACUUCCUUGGGUGACAUGUUGGAAGGUACACUCACAGCCAUGACCCACAAAACUCCACAAGUGAAGAUCUCUGCCACCAAUUAUUUGCAGAAAUGCUUGUCCCAAGUAGAUUCCUGUCCAACAUCCAGAGAGGUGGAAGAUAUAAUGACAAUUGGUGUAAAGCUCUUGAGUGAGUCCCAAGAACCUAUUCGUCAAGCUGGAACUAACAUGAUUGGUACUCUCAUGAAAAUUACCGGCGAACGGGAGUUGAAGCAGUUCUUGGAAAAGGUUGACGAAAAUAGAAAAACCAAAAUCUUCAACGUAUAUGAGACUGUGGAGGUUAACUUCAACGGAUCUAACAAAGCUGCAAAGCCCAGGUCGGCAACAGCACCCAACUCUGUCCCCAGUGGUAUCAGAAGAUCAAAUUUCGCUCCACCAACAUCCACUGUACCAUCCAAGAGACUUGCAACAUCACCUGCCAAACGAGUGGAUCAAGUUCCAAAAGCAUCUUCUUAUGGCAGAGGGUUGACAGGAAGAUCUUUGACGUCCAACGUGUCUGCGUCCAUUCCCAGGCUUUCUCCUUCUAUCUCAAGACACGAUAGUAUGGAGGUUGACUCCGAGGAUAUGAAUGAAUUAAGGGCCUUGCGUGAAGAGCAAAAACAAUGGAUCCAAUCUGGAGACCGUCAUAAGGCCACUACGGAAGGUCUCCGAAUGGAAAACAUUUCUCUCAAAGAAAGUGUAAAUGAGUUCAAAACUCUUCUAGAACUGGCGGAGCGAAACAACCAUGUUGCAAACACCAGCUUAAAACAAAAAGACAUGGAAAUAGCUCGCUUGAACAACGACAUUGAAGGAUUAAAACUCAAAGUGAAAGACUUGGAGAACUCGAUUGAUAUGAUGAAAUUGCAACAGAAACCCACCAUUCAACUGUCAGAAGCAUACCCAGGUUUGUACAACAUUUCACCAUACAAAUCCAGACUAUACGAGGAAUCUGGCCAAAGAAGUACGUCGGGAGACCUCAGCUCCCGCGUCAACCGGCUUUCUAUUGACGGAGAAGGACAAAAGGAAAAUGUCGAACAAGACAGGACUAGCCCCCCAAAGAGGUACGACAGUUUCAGCGGCAGUUUUGCCCUUGAAGAUAGAGAAAAAGACUGGACUAGUGCCGCCGAUAUCACCAAUCAACUCAAAGAACGGAUCAAAAAGAUGAAAGCCAGAACCAGUAUAGCUUCGAACACUCAUGUAUAGUAAUAGGAACAGUAUAUUUGC